AUGUUGAGCGGUGUGACGGCUACCACAUCGCCUAUGUCCGCGGGUGCACGACCAAGGUCUUUCAAUUCGCGGUAUAAUCCACAGGAAUGGGGGCCCAUCUCUGGUGGCACAUCACCCGUUGCGGCAACGGGAAUGGUACAUCAGCCAGCGCCCUCCUCGACCUCAGUGACAGCUUCGCCGCCGCCUCCUCCGUACUCCCCCCCUCGAGCAACGUUUCGAGGGCAGCGCGCUCAAUCUCCACAGGUCGGCUACCCAGUGGCUAGCAGUCCUAGUCCUAUUUCUGCACCAAUUCAGCAAAGUACAGCUCCUUCGCAGUCUCGCCAGAGAGAGUCUCCAGGGUAUCAUUAUUCCGUCCCGCGCCCGGGUCCGUCACCAUCAGUAGGUAGUCAUGAGCUUGAACAGCCGCAACGUCCCGAUCAUAGGACAUCUUUCAUGCCUUCUCAUUCAACUCACCCGCAACCUUCAGUGAAUGAUGGUUCUUCUCGCCUUCAAGGCCAUUACGGGGCUAGUUCUGGCCUUGGUCGUACCGAACCAACACCUUCCAGGUCAUCCCAGACCGUUUUACAAUCUGUACCCCCAGCGUCAAGGAGAGCUGUGUCGACCGGUGACUUACCUCACGGCAGAACCUCAAAUAGGGCCAGUACUCAGGUGGAUAGUCAAUCAUCUUCUAGGAAUGGUAGAUGGGAGCCUGGAAUGCCACUUCCACCGCCGCCUCCAGGGCCCCCUCCAGCGAGUGCUCCCAGAAGGACUUCUUUUUCGUCACAGUCGGCGGUAGAGAGGAACAACUUACCCCUGAAUAGAGAAGAAAGGCUACGGUCCGGCUCGGGUUCAUCGUCAAUAGAACCUAGUCUUCCUACUAUCCCAGCAACUCCGCUUGGAUGGGUAGCUGACCAGGUUAACGCCCCAAUGACCCCCCGACGGACAUCAGCAUCCCCUCAUGACCAAAAUCGGUCGGUUCCCGCGUCACCAAGUCUGUCUAAUGCCGUAGCAAACAACUAUCACGACGCUUCAAGCCAACCUAAACCAUCUUCCAUCAGGACUCAAAGCCAAAAGGGGAUCCGUGAGCGCCGUAUUCAAAGCAGGAAUAACAGAACUGAAAACAGCACUCAUGGACAGGAGACCAAAGAUGAGAGCAAUGACAUGUCAUGGCCGACAGACCUUGUUCUUAGCUCACCUGUAUCUGGUGGACUUGUACGUCGACGCACUCUUACCAGAGCCACGCCACGCAGUGCUCGUAGCAAUCCAGGAGAGGAGCCCUUGCACAGCGCCAGAUCGGCUACUUCGCCCUUCACCAAUAAAAUGAAUACCAUCACCUCUCCGUAUUCUGCCACUCCCAGGCUGCAGACAUUUCCGCACGAGCCGUUGGCAAACAGAGGCCAGACCCCUCCAUUUUCUCCAGGGAGAGAGCAGAAAUCGCCAACCAUGACACCUGAAUCGCUGCAUUUACCUCCCAAGGCUCUGCCAACUCCACCCCCGGCACAACAGCAGGAUGCGGCUCUGCUUGGACUAGAGCCGCGUAGCGCCGGUUCAGAUAGGCCACUUUCGCACCUUUUACAUCUUCCAGUUGACGUGUCCCCUUUAGAAGCUCAACCCCUGGUCCCAGUUAAGGCUCCCUCCCGACGUGCCUCGCCCAAAUCCGCCCCAUAUGCACCUAUAGAUGGUAAAUUUAUUCAAGAUGCGGAACAUCGGUAUCAUGAACAUCUAAGGAAAGAAUCAGAAGCGACCAAUGCUACUGAUGCGUUGCAAGCCUUUUGCAAAUUUAUAAUUGCCGAGUCAGGAAUCCGUCGCCAACAGUAUAGCUCGCAAUGGAGUGACUUGACUUUUGAUCCUAAGACCGUUGUUGACAAGUUAUUUGAACUCUCAAAUAACCCGUUAAAGGUCGAAGCUAGGCCUAGGGAUAGCUCUAUUGCUCCGUCCGAACCUCCACAGACUCCUGACAGGGUCACCCCCAAAAGGCGUACUUCUGUAAUUGAAUCCGGUUUGGGGAAUGGCUAUAAACCCGCUUUAUCACCUAUUGCAAGCAUGAGUAUGAGCAAUGAAGAAAGCUCUCGGGGUCGUGCACCUAGUCGUUGGUGGGAAUCGCAGACUGGCAGUGAUAACGGAGAUGUUGGCAGUAAAGUCUCACGCACUAAACGGGAGACUAAAUACAUGGGCCUACCGCGAGAGAUGCGCGAGGCGAUGCAAAUGGACCAUUUAACACCGACCCAGGCUGCUUACGAUCAACAAUACUCUGGGGACCAGAACCCUUAUGCCAAUUAUGGGCCGAAUGAGUAUCCUCCAGAGAAGGUAGGCUGGAAUGACCUUGAUGCUUCCCAGCCCUCAGGACCAUCACGGACACUAUCAGCCAUCAACCGUGAAGCUCGCAAGUUGGACAUCUCAAGAUUGGUUACCUUGCCUCCCCCGUACCCAAGGCAUUAUCCAGGUGUGAAUAACAAUCACCCAGACAUGGCGUUUUAUCGAACGACCGUUCGAACUAUUAGUGAUUUGUCCGAGGUUCACGCAACCAAAGCAAGUUUUGAAAAGAAGAUCAAGGCUCUCCGUGAGAAGCACCAGAAGGAGGCCCAAGAAGAACUCCGUGGGUUCAGAGCGCGGAUGAACCAAGGAAUCGAAAGUGGCAGCAUAUCUUACGCGGAUGCAGCCGAUGCAGAGGCCAGUCGGCAGGCGCAAGCAAAUGAAAAAGAGCGUGGGAUCGUUCAAGCGGAGUUCGACAUGUAUCAAGUCGAAGUCUUGGAGCCGAUGCAGAGCAUCCUGAAAGAUAGGAUCAAAAUUGCAACAGCCUGCAUUGAUGAACUGCGAGGCAAACUCUUCGACUCAGCACAGCGUCAAACACCAGAUCAGACCCAGGAAGAGGGCGAUGAAGAGCCUGAGCUAUUAGAGAAAUUGACACAGCUUAAAUGGUUAUUCGACGGCCGUGAGAACCUGUUCCGCGAAGAGUAUGAUAUUCUCGGCGAGCGCAACGAGCUCUUCAGGGCCAUCGUAUCUCUCCCCUACCGCCUGGCCAAAAACACAGAAAAGCUCACUGAAACCGACAACUUCUUCAUCCGUGAUGCUCAAGAUCGAAAACUCGCCUUCGUCGCCGAGACUCUUAAACGGUUUGAGAGCUUCAUGGACGUGAUCGAAGCAAACGUCAGCCGGGGAGUUGAGACUCAACUGUCGGCGUUCUGGGACAUUGCUCCCCCCAUCGUCAUGAUCCUACAAGAAAUCCCACAGAGCCUUGAGGGAUUCUCCGUCCGCAUUUCGCAGAAGGAAUAUGACGAGAACCCAAGCUAUUACCAGUUCCCGCUGCAAUAUUUAUAUUCGCUGGUUACUCAUGCUGGUAAAUCAACGUACCAGUUCAUUGAGUCCCAGACAAAUCUCCUCUGCCUGCUUCAUGAGAUCAAAUUCGGCUUGAUGAAUGCGAACUGCAAGUUCAUGGAAGUACAACGGAUUAUAUCUGGCGAGCCAGAGGAAGACGUCCGCCGUGAGAUGCAAGAGUCUCGUUCUGAGGAAGAAAGGAUCCUCACCCUCGAUCUAAAGGAGAAAGUCGGCAUGGUCGAAGGCCAAUGGGCUGAAGCUCUAGGCCAGCAAUUAGAAAAUGUCAAAGAACGUGUCCGUCACCGUCUUGCCAGCGAAGGCGGAUGGGAGGAAAUGGAGCAGAUGGAACAGACUUGAUACUUUUCCACGAGCUUUUAUACCCCUUCUCGCUUCCUCUUUUCUUCUUUCCCCCUGUCUCACCGUACGGGGGUAUGAUGUGGGGAUGGGGCUUCCA